UUCCCGCUCCUCCACAUAUCAGUCGCGCUUGUUUCUCCCUCCAUCCCCAUGGCCGAUAAGAGAAAGCGCCGGCGAUCUGAACUCAAUCCAGACGUUGAAGCUCAACUUCCCUUCAAGAACAGCCUCAAAUCUGAUUCUAUCAUUCUUCAGAUUCUCAAAGAGUUCAGUGACUGCUCCACCGCCCCAUCUUCCUCUUCAUCUAAAACCCUCGACGACCUAGGCCUCUCCUCCUCCUGCCGCGAGGUCACCGAUCUUUCGCUUUCUUCCGUGCAGUCCACAAUUGAAGAUCUUAUCCUCAAAAUUGCUCGUUCCAUUCUUUCCGGCAAUGGUUUUGCAUUUGAUGUUCCUUCUCGAUCGGCGGCCAAUCAAUUGUACGUUCCGGAGCUCGAUCGCAUCGUUUUGAAAGACAAAACCGCCAUUCGACCCUACGCCAAUAUUUCCACUGUUCGGAAGUCCACCAUUACUACUCGCAUUCUUCAGCUUGUCCACCAACUUUGCAUAAAAAACAUCCAUGUGACCAAGCGAGAUCUGUUCUACACGGAUGUAAAGCUCUUCCAGGAUCAGACUCAGUCGGAUUCUGUGCUUGAUGAUGUUUCUUGCAUUCUCGGCUGUACUCGGUCGAGUCUCAAUGUGAUUGCUGCGGAGAAAGGAGUGGUUGUGGGAAGGCUCAUUUUCAGUGACAAUGGGGAUAUGAUCGAUUGCACUAAAAUGGGCAUGGGCGGAAAAGCGAUUCCGCCAAAUAUUGAUAGAGUUGGAGAUAUGCAGAGUGAUGCAUUGUUUAUCCUCUUAGUUGAGAAAGAUGCCGCGUAUAUUAGGUUAGCUGAGGAUAGGUUUUACAAUCGCUUUCCAUGUAUUAUUGUGACCGCUAAGGGACAACCAGAUGUGGCCACGAGAUUGUUCUUGAGGAAGAUGAAAAUGGAGCUGAAGCUCCCAGUGCUUGCGCUUGUAGACAGUGAUCCAUAUGGGUUGAAGAUUCUAUCUGUCUAUGGAUGUGGAUCAAAGAAUAUGUCUUAUGACAGUGCUAAUUUGACUACUCCUGAUAUCAAGUGGCUAGGAAUAAGGCCGAGUGAUUUGGAUAAAUAUAAUAUACCGGAGCAGUGCAGGUUACCUAUGACAGAGCAGGAUAUUAAGACUGGGAAAGAUCUGUUAGAGGAAGAUUUUGUUAAAAAGAAUCCAGGUUGGGUUGAAGAGCUCACUUUAAUGGUGAAGACGAAGCAGAAGGCUGAGAUUCAGGCAUUGAGCUCAUUCGGGUUUCAGUAUCUGUCGGAGGUUUAUCUGCCAUUGAAGCUGCAGCAGAAGGAUUGGCUGUGAUCCAAUAGUUUGUUAGUGUGUGUUGUAAUCAAUUGUUGAAUUUCUGUUGCAACAUUAGGAAAGUUGAGCAAUGAUCAGUUUGUUUGAUCAGAUAAUGUUAUCUCUGACCGAACCAUAUUCAGCUUUCAGAGGUAAAGAAAUACCUGCUUUCUGAAGGGAUUUCAAUAGAUACUCUUGCUUCCAAUUU